AUGUUGCCAUUACAAAAUCACAACUUAAAUUCCAAUUCAACAUAUUUACCAAAUCUAAAUAAUAAUAAUAACAAUAAUACAAUGCCCUCGACUUUGGUCGGUGGCAAGACUCCUUCAUCGCCGCGCCAAUUUUUCGCACGUCUUUAUGGUCAUCUGGAAACCAAUGAGGAAUCGAAGGCGUCUCCGUCCGAUUUAAAAACUAAUUUUGCUACUUCGGCAGAAGUCUCCUCUUCCUUUGAAUCGCCCGCGAAUUGUGAAACACAUUAUCAAAGUGAUGGUGCCACUACCACAUCUUCCCCAGAUAUUUCAAUAAGUGAUGAAAGAACGGACAUAAAUAUUCCCAGAGCUUGUUCUGCGGUGGGUUUAACGCAAGUCUUGCCAACGGAUUACAAUAAAAAUGAUGUGAAUAAUGUUUUACCGCCUACAUUUGUGGGAAUGCCAUUCGGAUUUCAUAAUGAGAGUCCAUUUUCUGUGGGAUUAAGUGCAUUUCUGGCUCGACGACGUCGCAAAGAGGGCAGACAACGACGUCAGCGUACCACAUUUAGCAAUGAGCAAACUUUACGUUUGGAAGUGGAGUUUCAUCGCAAUGAAUACAUAUCGCGUAGCAAACGUUUUGAAUUAGCCGAAGCCUUAAAUCUUUCAGAGACACAAAUCAAAAUCUGGUUUCAAAAUCGUCGUGCCAAAGAUAAACGCAUUGAAAAGGCUCAGAUUGAUCAACAAUACAGAAGUUUUGUUGUGGCCAAUGGUUUUAUGAGCAGCAUAAUGGGUCAGACGGCUUAUCCAGGCACCACAACAAUGAUAACCAAUCUUCAGCAGAGUUUGUAUCAUCAACAUCCACAUCAUGCAGCAUAUCAGGCAACACCACAUCAACUGCAACAGAUGUCCACGCAGCACACACCUCCCGCACAUAUGCAUGCAGUGGCAAAUGCAACGAUGCAUUCCUUGAACUCAAACGCGAAUGCCUUGCAUGAGAUCAAGGACAAUUUUAAUAGGGCAAAUAAUGAUUUGAUAACUUCAAAACAACCCCCACCACCGCCACCGACACCAACAGCGGCCCAGACGCCUAUAACAACAUCACCAUCAUUAGGAAUUGAACCCGUUGCUAUCAUAAACAAUGGCAGUAACAACAAUGUUAAUUAUGGUGACACUAAUAGUUUUCAUAGAAACCCCAAUAACAGUCACAAUAUCCAAAGUAGCAGCAGCAGCAGCAGCAGUCAUAGAACAGGUAGUACAAGUGUUGUUGGCCAACACACCACCACCGCUCCCAGCGAUACUGCUGUGGCCAUUGUUGCUGCCAAUGGUUUAAUUGUAAACCACCACAUUCGUGGUAUGCAUAGUGGCAAUGAUUUUCUAUGGACUGGACCGACCUUAGAGAUUGACAAGGAACGCUUCUUCACAUGGAAAUAUGUGGCUACAACAACUAGAACAGAACCUUUAGAUCAAGUGCAGUUUCAGGCAGGUCGAGAUAGUAUCUAUGCAGACACAGUCACAUUCCUUGAAGAUCGACCGCCACCCUUUGCAAGUGGCGAUGGUAGCGGAGGAGGUGGUGGCGAUGGUGCAUAG